AUGAAAAAAAGAGGUCGUAAGCCUGCCUGCUUAAACUUAGAACCUGAGAACCCUAAUUUGAAAAAUCGUGCUCCCCCUCCAAUAAAUAAUGAGCUUUUAAUGAAUUUAAAUUAGCCAAUAUCGCUUAGUAAACCUUAAAAACUGAGUAAGUAGCAGUACGCUAAGAAAUAGAAAUAAAUAAAAUAAUAGCAAGAAGAAGAAAAUUAAAAAAACACUAAAAAUAGUGUUAGCAAUAGCUCUUGCUCAAAAGAUAAGUAUGGAUUCGGAUUUGAUGGUCCUUAUCAAACAAUAGACUUUAACUAAAGCAACUCUAUUACUACAAAGUCCUUACCAAAGCCUUAAAAUUUUAAAAAGAAAUUUAUUCCUUAGAAAGCUAUCCCUCCACCUAAAUAAGAUAAAAAUGGCUAGUAUGAGUACGGGGACAAUGAUUACGGUUAAGAGGAUGAUUAUGAAUAUGGAGUUGGGCCAAAUGUUCCAGAAUUUGAAGAGGAUAGAUAAGCUUAGAAUUAUAACAAAUUUGCAGUUAACCAUAGAGCAACAAAUUAUAAAAAUUUUGCUUAGAGGUAAAAAAUGUAGCAAUAAAUAGAGGAGGAUGAUGACCCAGAGUCAGCAAAGGGAGAAGGAUUUAAUAGAAUGCAUGCCUUUAAUUUUGGAAUAGCAAAGGCUGGUAUGGAAAAUAUUAAUGGCGACAAAGUUGAUUAAAUAUUAAGAUCUAGUAUCACUAAUAAGCAAUACUAUAUCACUUAAGAGGAAAAAAUUAAAGAUGUCGAGGUAAAGAUAACUGCUUAUAGGAAGAAGAUAGAAUAGUAUAGAUAAAAUCUAAAAUUAUGGGAGAAAACUCAGAUAGAGGUAAAAAGAAGACUUGAGCUUUAUCGAAAAGAAAGAGAUUUGACACGUACUUGGCUUCAUGUCGAUAUGGAUAUGUUUUAUGCUGCUGUAGAAAUAAGAGAAAAACCCGAACUUAAAGAUAAACCUGUUGCUGUAGGAGAUUAUUCAAUGAUCUAAACUACUAAUUAUGUUGCUAGAAAAUUUGGAGUCAGAUCAGCUAUGCCUGGAUUUAUGGGCAAAAAACUAUGCUAAUCUUUGGUUUUUAUCAAACCAGAUAAGGAAAAGUACAAAAGAGUUUCAGAUACUGAAUUUAAAGCAAUAUUAAGGGAAUAUGAUGAAAAACUCGAAAGUGUAGGCUUAGAUGAGGCAAAUUUAGAUAUCACAGAAUAUUUAUAAAGGAAUGGUAUGGAUUGUGCUGAGGGAAGAAUUUGGGCUGCUGAUAAAAUUAGGAAAUAAAUAUCUGAUAAAAUGAAAAUGACAUCUAGUGUUGGGAUCGCUUGUAACAAAAUGCUCGCUAAAAUAUGUUCAGAAUUAAAUAAACCAGAUGGUUAAUCAUACCUUUCAUUUGAUUGCGAGAAAAUAGAAUAGUUUAUGAGUCCCAAAAAAGUAAGAGAUGUUCCUGGUAUUGGAAAGGUUCAUGAAUAAAUUUUGAUAGGAUUAGAUGUCAACACUUGUGAAGAUAUCCUAAGCAAGGCUGCUGAUAUUUACAUUAAUUUCACUGAAAACGCUUUUGAGUUUCUGGUCAAAGCAGCAAUGGGAAUAUCAAGAUGCACUCAUGAAGAUGAUACUGGAAUGUUGGCAAAGAGAUCAAUUAGUUUUUCAAAAUCUUUCAAAGUUAUAUCUCGAUUUGAAUAAUUUAGAGAGAAAAUGGAACGAUUAGCUGUUUCCUUGGCAGAAAAAUGCGAGGAAAUGAAAGUAUUAGCCAGAACAUUAUCAAUUGAAGAUGACAUCAUGAAAUAUGCUGAUGAAUUAUUAAAUGCAGUUUGGCCUCUAGAGCCUUGCAGAAUGAUGAUGCUCAAGCUUAAUAAUUUGAGACACAGAAAUGAGAAAGAUCCUACAGGUCCACUAUUAACUGAUACUAAAAAUUUAAAGUUUUUUAUGGGGAAAGGUCGGAAAAAGGGUUGUCUAACAGCAGUCGAAAGUAUAUUGGCAUCUUAGAUUGGCAGUGGAAUAUCCAGCUAGUAAUAAUAACUUUAGCCAACCCUAAGUGCAAUGCUCUAUCAUGAGCGUAAAAAAGAAAAAGAAGAGAGAUAUAAAAAGCUGAUUGGCCAAUAAGAUAUUAAAAACUUUUUCUUAAAAAAGCCUGAAAAAUAAGAUCAAGAAUAAAAACAAACAGACUCAUCACAUUCAAAUUAAUAGGAUAAGAGUAACAAUGAAAAUUAACAUUAGAUUACAGCAAAUUAGGAAUAGACAUUGAAUUAAUAAUUUGAAGAGAGUUAAGAUGAUUUAGAGGAAAGAUUCAAUGAGAUAUAAAGUGAAUGUGAGCCAUUUUAUGAGAGAUUUUAGAGUAAUAAUCUGAUAAAUGAUAAUGGUGAGGAGGAAAUUGAGGAUGAUAGAGAAGAAUUCGAGGAUUUAUAUUAGGAUACAAAUAUGAAUUUUCAUGAAAACGAGGAAGAGGAAGAUAUUGAAGAGGACUGGGAAGAUUAAUAGUAAAAUAAGUUGAAUAAUCCAGAGGAAUAAUAAUAAGUUUAGAAAAAUUGCAACAUAAAUCAAUAGAAAUAAUUAUAAUAGGAUAAAAAUGAUUGGAGUAAAGUCUAGUUAGGGAAAUAGAAGAUUGGAUAGAAUUUGAAGAAAAUUGAAAAAUAAACAACAAAUAAUAAGAAAUUCAAAAGAUAUUGA